UUUAAAAAUUUACUUGAUGUGGCUGGUAGCUCAGUUGGUAGUGUUCUCCCCUCACAUUUUUAAGGGGUGUGGGUUCGAGUACUUUUGGGUCCCGUUGUUUUUUUCUCUUAUUUUCAAGGCUGUUUUCUUUGAGUUUUCAAUUUAAAAAAUUUUUUUAGGCUUAAAAAAAUUUUUUUCUAGGCUAAAAAUUUUUUUUUGUUAUUUUUUGAAAUUUUUCUAAAUCCCAUUUUAUUAAAAAAUACUCAAUGUUUAAGCAAUUUUACUCGUUAGUUUUAAUGUUUGCAUUUUAAAUGCACUUUAAUUUUUUGUAAAUAUUUUUUUUUCAAAAUCAAUUUUUAUUUGAAAAAUUUUUUUAAAGGAAAAAAAUAAAUUUUUUAAUAAUAAAAAUAAUGGAAGAACAACAAAGAAAUGAUGACAUUCCAAUGAUUGACGGGGCAGAAGCUUCUUCUGGCAGUUCUUCCGCAGCAAAUAAUACUUUGUCUUCUUCCUCUUCUUCUGCUCAACGCUUUUCUAUUGUGGAUGUACUUGGAAAUGAUGAUUCAAUGAAUAGUAGCGGGGGAGGGCUUUCUAGUGAUGGAAAAGAGGGAACAAGUAAUUCUGCUAUAGCUACUAUUGUUCCUGUGCCUCCGGAUCCGAUGCAUUCGGCAAUGUAUGACUACGACGAGGGCGCAGUUCUACAACGCUUGCAGCUUCUCUAUCCCUAUACUGAUAUUCAAAAAUUGCCUCGAAUUUGGAGUAAAACAGAUCGUUGGUCACUCCCCCAGCAAAAUAAUAGUGUUAGCCAGCAAUUGCCAAUAUUGGAACUUUCUGCCGAUUUCUUGCGUGUUACUAAACGCAAAGGAACUAAUCAAAACAGUAAAGACGCUGCUGCCGUUCGUGCAAAUAGACCAAUUCCACGUUCUUGUAUUGUUUAUUAUUUUGAAAUUACUGUUGUUAGUAAAGGACAAGAUGGGUUAGUUUUAAAUUAUAUUAGGUAA